CAGCUGUUCUGUCCCAGACGCGGUGAUCUUUCAUUCCACGGCCGUGCCUGCCAAUAUCCGUUCUACUUUCAAGGAGGAACAGGCUGAAGGUAAUAAGUUCAAUGCAUGUACGUGAUCCAAGACUGUGUAUCUCGAACCCUGAACUUCGAAGUUCCAUGUGCCCCGGAAGCUGGUUGUAAGCUCCACGCGGGACGUGACUGGACUGUCGGUGCGCAAGGUAGUGGGAUCAGAGGUAACAGAGUCAGCACACGUAGACAUGACAGCUAUUUGAUCCUCCUCUUCCUGCAUCACGUAGCAUUAGAGAUGAAUGGAAACGUCUGCUUGGUACCUUCUAUGGUAGUAUACCCAUGCUCCCCUCAACGAUCCCGACUCCAGCAGCGCGAUGCUCCCGGCCUUGACCCUAUGAGGGCAUCACGUCACGUCAACUUUGAGUCUCUAACCCGGGCCGACCAGCGCAAGGCGUGUUCUCGUUCUUGGGGAGGAAGGAGCAAGGAUGAGGCUCAUGAAAACCCACUACAAUUCGUGGUCUGGACGAAAGAGCAGGGGUUCGAUACUUUGAUGCGGGAAGUGGUAGUCUUGCCGUCAGCUCGAGAGUGGACGGGAGCUUGCUCGUCAUCACCGGGCCAGACAGAUGAGCCUGCGAAGAAGAUGCGAAUGGGAUAAGAGCUUGUAUAUUGAUAACGAGGGAGUUGGAAGUAGUGUAGAGCUGUUUCUUGCGGACUGUGGAUGGAUAUUGUGACCUUGCUCCCUCAGUUGACCUGUGUCCCUGGGGACUUCAAGUUCGGUUUUGGCUUCAUCGAUCGAGAAAGGGAGGUAAACGAGAAUUCGAGAUCUAUUCACGUAAUAUGUCAGCACCGGUCCUCAAAUAGUCAUACGAGAUGUAGCAUGAGAGUCGAUACGUCUACCCUGCGCAUUCGCUCGAGCAAAGGUAAGCUCCGUAGGCCUGCCGCAGCCCUUGACGGCGACUUGAGAAACGGCAAAAAGUGGCCCAAAUCAAAACUGUUAGAACAUCGAGAGAAGAGAAGUACCGGAAGGAGCUUUCGGGUUUUUGGCAACAUUGCAGAGGCUAAGAUACGAUCAAGAAGGA